GUCAUAGUAGUACUCUCGUCUUAUUGUCAAUUAUUCUUUUAGGUUAUAAAGUCUUAUUUGAAUCUUUUUUAGAAUUAAGUUAUCUUAAAACAUAAUAAAAUGUCUCUAUUAUCGUACGCUUCAACUGUGCUGAGGCGAGCAGCCGCCUCGAGACUCUUUACUAAAUAUAAAACUUGCAUAAAUAAUACAAAAACUGCAACUUACAGCAGUGUAACAACCAAAACAAUUCACGACGUGAAUACAAAAGUUAUUAAAGAUGUUAUUCUGUUUAAAUAUGAGAAUCCAAAAUUUUUUAUGUACAUGAAUAUAUUUGCAGUAGUGCAGUAUAUGUUUUGGAUGUAUUUGGGUAUGUUUUCAUUCUCAACACUGCGCGACGCGCCGGUCGACAAAUCUACUAUAACUGAUGAUACGCCUUGGUUUAGAAGGAUAAAUCUUGGAGAGAAUAAGUACAGAAAUACUCUCGGUACCGUCUCUGUAGUUGUUGGAGUUGGAUCUCUGUUCAUGAUCUGGAUGUACACUCUCCGUUCAGUUCGCUAUCUAAUACUGAACAAAGGUGGGAAGCAUUUAACUUUUGUCACAUACACACCUUUUGGAAAAAACAGGAUGAUGACCGUUCCUAUAGAAAAUAUCUGUUGCAAAGAGUCAAGGAAUAUUGCUAAAGUACAAUUACCUUUGAAAAUUAAAAAUAGAUGGAUGCAUUAUAUGCUUGACAUGAGAGGAGAGUUCAAAAAUCCCCUGCUUUUUGACUCAACUGCGGGGUUAUUGAGGAAAUGGUGAAGAUCCUAGUCUAUAAUGUUAUAAUUGGGUACUUGUCUACAUCAAAA